AGCGACGCCGGGGUGAAAAGUGGGGCACAGCGGGCCGAAGGGGUCCCCGCCAACAGCCAACAUUGAUUUCCUCCGGGCCGAGAGCGACGGCCCGGGCGGCGGCGGCGGCGGGCUGCAGCCGCGGCAGGGCGACAGCAUGUCCAAGCCGGUGGACCACGUCAAGCGGCCCAUGAACGCCUUCAUGGUGUGGUCGCGGGCUCAGCGGCGCAAGAUGGCUCAGGAGAACCCCAAGAUGCACAACUCGGAGAUCAGCAAGCGCCUGGGCGCCGAGUGGAAGCUGCUCACCGAGUCGGAGAAGCGGCCGUUCAUCGACGAGGCGAAGCGCCUGCGCGCCAUGCACAUGAAGGAGCACCCCGACUACAAGUACCGGCCGCGGCGCAAGCCCAAGACACUGCUCAAGAAGGACAAGUUCGCCUUCCCGGUGCCCUACGGCCUGGGCGGCGUGGCCGACGCCGAGCACCCGGCGCUCAAGGCGGGCGCCGGGCUGCACACGGGCGCGGGCAGCGGCGGCCUGGUGCCCGAGUCGCUGCUUGCCAACCCCGAGAAGGCGGCCGCCGCCGCCGCUGCCGCCGCGGCGCGCGUCUUCUUCCCGCAGUCGGCUGCUGCCGCCGCCGCCGCCGCGGCCGCGGCCGCCGCCGGCAGCCCGUACUCGCUGCUUGACCUGGGCUCCAAGAUGGCAGAGAUCUCGUCGUCCUCGUCCGGCCUCCCGUACGCGUCGUCGCUGGGCUACCCGACCGCGGGCGCUGGCGCCUUCCACGGCGCGGCGGCGGCGGCUGCAGCGGCGGCCGCGGCCGCCGGGGGGCACACGCACUCGCACCCCAGCCCGGGCAACCCGGGUUACAUGAUCCCGUGCAACUGCAGCGCGUGGCCCAGCCCCGGGCUGCAGCCGCCGCUCGCCUACAUCCUGCUGCCUGGCAUGGGCAAGCCCCAGCUAGACCCCUACCCCGCGGCCUACGCCGCGGCGCUAUGACCCCCGAGGGGCGGCCUCGCCGGGACCUGUGUGCCCACGUGUACAUAUGUAUAGGUACGAGCUCUGCGGCCUCCCCACGCGCCCUCCCGCGACGGGGGCCCCCCGGUGUGUGUGUACAUAAGGUGUAUAGUUGCCAGUCGGGGCGCGAGUGGCCGAGCGCGCGAGUGCGCGGGCGAGUGUGCGUGUGAAUUCGACAGGACCCUUUCAGACCUGCACCCCGCAGACAACUUUCAAGAGGGCAGUUGUAUCCGGCAGCGGUGGCUGUUUGCUUUGCACUUCGGAACCUGUUGCGUUUUGGCCCACAGAGGUGGAGGAGUAACUUUUUUUUGACAUGUUGGGCUUUCCAGCUUUCUCUGUGGGAAGUUUACUGUCGGUUUUGCUUUUGUUGCCCAUUGUUUUUCUUUUAUUAUUCUUUUCUCCCGGUCUGUGUUGCAUGCACUCUGUUCAAACGUUAGGUCUGAAAUGGUUGGCACAAGAGAAAAGCUGAUCUGUGUCAUUAGUUUCUCGGAACGGGAUGGCUCCGAGCAGCCUUGCUCCCUAUUUGUACUAUUUGAACUUUGCAAAUCUCUGUUCUCUCAAGCAGAACCCCUAGACCGGAUCCAUUCUUGACCAGUGACCGGCUCGAAUCUGGCCUUUUGUGUGUGAGACGAUCACGGUUUCUUUUGUUUAUCCUGCCAUAUGCAAAUCAGACCAAGAGCUCUUUCUCAAGAGCAAGGACCGCAAACAAGAAAUGUGUGUGAAAUGAAAAGUUGUCAAUUGGAUUUUCUCCCUUAAAAAAAAAAUCUAGAAGUCUCCCUGAGUCCACUUGCCAGAAUUUUUGACACAAUUUACACAGAAAAAGGCAUUGUUCCUAUUUUUUCAUUAUGGCUGAGUUUCACCUUCAGAUGAUUGUAAAUGUGUAUAUGUCCGUGAAAGCAUUGAGUCUGAAAAUGUGUUACUUGCGUUGCCCUAAAUUUGAGUCAGUUUUCGACUCUCAAACAUUUUGAACAAAUGUCAAAGUUAACUUUUAAAAAUUGCGGGACUAUUUCAGACUCGCAAUUUUAUCUAAGAUUAAAUCAGACUUUUUUGUCUGAGUGGUAAUUAUAUAUUUAUUAUUUAGCAAAACAAAACAAAAACCAGAAUUGUUUUGACAGAUGUCUCUUCUUUCAGCUAGCAUUUCUCCACCAACUCAAACCGCUUAAAUGUGUUUUGGAGUUCCCUCCCUAAUUAGCUUAUUUUUUAGAUCACCUGCAAUUCAUUUGCAAAUGAUGAUAAAACACAUUUUAGAGAAAAGAACCUCAUUUGUAGCUUUUUUCUUUUUAAGUGUAUAUAUUUUGACUACUGUUUGUGAAUGAAGUUGGCUAACAUGUAUUUAGUUUCAUUUUGGCUUUAUGUAAUAUAAAGUUUUUAAAAGUUUAAGUAUUGGUUUUAACCUUUAUGUGUAAAUGGUUUUUCUUGUGUGAUCUUCUAAUUUAAUAUUAGACAUCUAAACUAUAUCUGUAAAUUAGAACCCGACUAUCACUCUGUUCAUUUUUUUUGAACAAAGAGUUUAAAUAAAGCCUGAACCAGGGAAAAGAGAAAAUCCUCUAUUUCUUGUUGAGUUCCUAACAAGAUUUUUAUCUGAAUUGCCCUUACGUGCCUGGUCCAGGUGAAGUGUAAGGUAUCCUCCAAAGGCAGUCUUUGUUUCACUUUUGAAUAGAUUUACUAGGAAAUCUAAAUCAAGCCAUUGUUAUUCAGAGCCAAAAACCUGAUUUAUCACAUUUUUAAUCGUGAAUAGGAAAGAAGAUAAAAAAACCAAGUAGUUGUAUUAUCUUGGGGGGAAAAAAGGCAUUCAUGAACCAGUAGAACAGAGCCCAUUGAAAACAUCCAGACCGUUUAAAGCAUUUCACUAGUUUCCAGUAACAUUUUAAGAGGGGAAAGUUGCCUGACCACUUUAUCUUGUUAGCAGGAGAGCCCCACUGCUUAAAUCAGUGUAAUUUGUUCUUGUAUCUUUGGUAUAUUCCUUAUUUACACCUUAAGAUUUUAUUUGUAAGGAUGAUCGCUGAAUUAAGACUUUGUACAACUUUUGACCUCUUUAAGGCUUUAUUCUGUCAUGCUAAUGGCAUUAAAAUACAAACAACAAAUUCUAAUGGAAAGGGUUGAAUUUCCAAGGCUGCACAAGUUUACACUGGAGAAAGGUUUGAAAUCAUACCAGGUUUUAAUUUCAGAAAAGAAAUUAGAAGAUGCCAGGAAGACUAUCAGGAGAAAAAAAAAAAAUACCUAGAGGGAGAUCUUUAUUUUCGCCCCACCAAGAUAGAAAUUCUAAAGAUACAAGACUCAACUAGUCCUAAACUAGUUUCCCCAACAGAGUCUCUGGAGCUCCACGUCUUUAUAAGCUACCCAACUCUUUAAAGUCAUUGUUUUCCCCCUACGGAAUAAUAUUUUAAGAACCAUGAAAAGUUUGGAAAUGUGAGAAAUAGGCUCUGCUGGUUUGACCCUGAUUCACUAAUUAAAACGAUCCUUCUCCUGUUAUUCCCCGAGCUCUUUGCAAUAUUAUAAGUUAAUUCAUAUGGUUCUGAGCGAUUAUGCAAAACUAAUUUGGACUGUCCAGGGGUAAUUAUCCCUGACACGGUUAAUUAAAUCCUUUCAAGGCUCCGUCUUUCCCUUUUGUAGCAGCCCAUCACUUCUCAACACGGAACUUCCUGCGGCUCGCUGGAAAUCACCCCAGCCCUAAAUCUUAGUUACCUCCCUGAGCCUUCCAGCUCGGCCCCACCGGCCCGAAGAGUUCCCCGCCCGCUCCCGCCCCCUCCCCUUUCUCUAAUGAUCUGCGUUUUCUGGGAGCAGCGCUCCAGAGUGUUGAUGAAUGAGAAUAGGACUAGAGAGAUGAGUUGUGGGGUGGGGGGAAGGAUGCUGGGGGUGAGCGCACAGGGUCACACCGCCAACAGAUUGUGCGGCUGUUUGAGUAGUAAGGUCCACGGGGGUGACUGGUUUAUCACCCCUCUGACUUCAGUGUUCUUGCUAACUAGUUGCGCCUAGAGAAAGUCUCUCUCUGAAUUAGACUGUGCAGAAGAAAGGGGGUGCGACUAAAGGGCAAGAGGGCGUGCAGAAAAGGCCGGGUGUGUGUGUGUGAGUUAGAAAGUGACCCAUACAUAGAGCCCUGGGACUAGGCAAAGACCUGCUGCCUGCUCCAGAUCUCUCGCUCUCUCUCUAACCAUCUGUGUCUCUUUCCUCUCUUCUCUCCUCUCCUGCUUUCCUUCCUUCUUUUUGCUCUUUUAACAUUUUCGUUUAAGGUUUAAAAAAAGCGACGCCAUUCCUUAGGUAGUCACGGCUGCCUAAGGGCUUUAAACAAGCCUCACACCCAAGGGGCCAGGGGUGUUGCCCUCAGGCUUUGAGCAAACAGGUGGAAUUGUUCUGUGGAACCGUAAGGACUUAGCUGGGGGGUGGAGGUGGGGGAUGCUGCAGUGCGGAGGGGAGGGACGCCUUCCAGGGAGCCGUGGGGCUGGCCGCUGUUGUCACUUCAUUUGACAAUUUCCUCCUCCCUUUCUCCCCUACCCGUCCCCCCCUCCCCCGCCCCCGCAAGAAA